CCAAUAUCCAAUAUCCGCCAAUCGUUCGGAUUCCACUUCGAUAGAUUAGCUUUCUCAACGGCCAUGAAAAACCUUCCACCAACUAGGUCAUAGAUUUUGGUUGAUUCAAUACUUUCUUCUUCACAAGAUGCUCCUAAUCAGAACCACAAGGUCUUUCUGCUAAGCUUCAAAUCUUCUUGAAGCCGAGAUGUCCAUUUCUGUACCCUUUAAUGGUUUCACACUCCAUUCACCAAAGGUUCGAAGCUGCCGGAGACUUCUUUCCUCUCAUUUCAUCAAUCAAGUUCAGGUAAAAUCAUUCCAAUAUGCUCUGCCACUGUCUCCUCUAUAUUUCUCAGAACCCUCUAAAUUUAGCUGUGAAAGACUCAGACCCAUCACAGCUUCCGUGACCUCAACUCUUGAAACGCCCAAAACUUCAUUCAGGAACAAAAACCCAAAAGAUAUCAGUGUUUUGGUUGUGGGUUCAACUGGGUAUAUUGGAAAAUUUGUGGUUAAAGAGUUGGUUAAUAGAGGGUUUAAUGUCAUAGCCGUUGCUAGGGAGAGGAGUGGUAUUAGGGGUAGAAAUAGCAAAGAAGAUACCUUGGAGCAGUUGAAUGGGUCAAACGUGUGCUUUUCAGAUGUGACCAAUUUGGAUUCUUUAGAGAGAAGUUUGGCGAAAUUGGAGCUUUCAGUUGAUGUUGUUGUGUCAUGCCUUGCUAGCCGUGCUGGCGGCGUCAAGGACUCAUGGAGGAUCGAUUAUGAGGCAACAAAGAAUAGCCUUCUUGCUGGUAGAAAGUAUGGGGCUUCACAUUUUGUUUUGCUGUCUGCAAUUUGUGUGCAAAAGCCCCUUCUUGAAUUCCAGCGUGCGAAGCUGAAAUUCGAGGCUGAAUUGGUUAAAGCAGCUGAAGAGGAUGAUGGGUUUACGUAUAGUAUUGUGAGGCCUACAGCAUUUUUCAAGAGCUUGGGUGGACAGGUUGAACUGGUGAAAGAUGGGAAGCCUUAUGUGAUGUUUGGGGAUGGAAAAUUGUGCGCUUGCAAGCCAAUUAGUGAGCCUGAUCUGGCUUCCUUUAUUGUGGACUGCGUGCUGAGUGAAGACAAGAUUAACCAGGUUUUACCCAUUGGCGGGCCGGGGAAGGCAUUGACGCCAUUGGAGCAAGGGGAGAUCUUGUUUAGACUUGUGGGGAGAAAACCCAAUUUUCUGAAAGUGCCUAUUGAAAUAAUGGAUUUUGCUAUUGGAGUUCUUGAUUUCCUAGUUAAAAUAUUCCCUUCUUUGGAAGAUGCUGCUGAGUUUGGUAAAAUUGGAAGGUAUUAUGCUGCAGAGAGUAUGUUGCUUUUGGAUCCUGAGACUGGAGAGUACAGUGCUGAGAAAACACCAAGUUAUGGUAAAGACACGUUGGAAGAGUUCUUUGAGAGAGUACUAAGAGAAGGAAUGGCUGGUCAGGAGUUAGGAGAGCAAACGAUAGUCUAAUCUGCCCUUCUGCGACAAGUUUGUAAAUUUGAUUACUCCAUCGAAUGUACCAGUUUUGGCCAGUUCUUCUUCUCUCAUGUAAUGGGUCCUUUUACAAGUUGCAAGUAAUAUGAUUUUCGUGUUUGCAACGAUCAAACGUGAAUCUAUGCUGUGAAUACCUAAUGAUACAUUUUCAUCCAUUUCUCC